AUGUGGCGGUCGCGUCGGGCCGUCGGGGAGGUACUCCGCGCCGCGGCGCGACGGUCGGCGGGUCCGCGAUGCCUCCAUCGUCCGGAUCAUCUCGCGUCGGCGGCGGCCACGACGCGCGCCCCGCGUCGCGUCGACAUCGAUGCCCGACGCCCAUCGCCCGGUCGCGAAUCUCGGCGCGACUCGCUCGCGUCCUCGCGAUCGUUCUCCGCGGACGCGUCGCCCUCCUCUCGCGGCGCGUGUUGGUCCUGCGGCGUCGCGACGACCGCGUCCGACCUCUUCUUCUGCGGCGGAUGCGGCGGCGUCCUCCCCGCUCUCGCCGAGGGCGACGACGUCAACGGAAGCCUCCUGCUCUUCAGGGUGCUCGGCGUCGACCCGCCGAGGUUCGCCGUCUCGAACGACGAGCUCGAGCGCGCCAUGAAGAACCUUCAGAAGACGUUACACCCCGACAAGUUCUCCACGGCGCCGAACGUCGCGAGGGAGCACAGCGCGGACCAGGCGUCCCUCGUCAAUCGAGCGUACGCCACCCUGCGAGAUCCGCUGAGGAGGGCCAAGUACAUGUUACGAGCGUUUGGCGCGGGCGUGGCGGAGGAGUCGGGGAUGGGCGACGAACAGGGCUCGCCCGCCGGGGACACCAUAGAUCCGACGCUGCUGAUGGACGUCAUGGAGACCAGGGAGGCGAUCGAGCGCGCGGGCGACGACGCGAGCGCGCUGGGCGCGAUGGCCACCGCUAACGACGCCGCCGAGCAUGAAUGCGUCGCGGCGCUCGGAGCCGCGAUGGACGCCGGGGACCUGGCGACGGCGAGGAAGGAGACGGUGCGGCUGACGUACCUGGUGCGGAUACGCGACGAGAUCAAGCGCAGGCUGCCGCCGGGGUGA